UAUGAUCUAUACGAUGUACAUGAGGUAAAAGUUUAUAAAAUUAAACCAUGCUGAUAAAUAUAUGAAUGGACAUUAGUAGUUUAAACGUUGGUGUGGGUGAAUUUGAUGGUGUGGAAGAUGAUAUAAGUAAAUUUGUAUGAGAGUUUUAUCGUAAUCAACUAAUUUGGGGAAAAUGAGCAACUGUUCGGAUGAUUUCCCGACGACGGAUGUAUUUUAUGACGACAUAUCAGGUGAUACAGUCCUCAUCGUAUUCCUAGUCUUAGCUUGCGUAUUGGCCGUGGCGUGUUUGGCAAUUUACAUUGAAGAGCUAUUCUUCAUUCGGAACCACUACGCAAAUGGCGAUUCACGUGCAUGGAAGAUAGGCGUUCUACUCGGACUUUAUCCUGCAAUCUGCAUUUUCUCCUUGAUAGCACUGUUGGUACCGACAAGCUCCGUGUUGAUGGCUCUUGUGGCAUCCUGUUACCUCUCAUUCAGUAUUUACAUUUUUAUCAUGAUGACGAUCGAAUGUUAUGGCGGACCGGACAAAAUGGUUGAAACGUUAGCAGACGACAAAGUGAACCUUAACACUCCACCAUGUUGUUGUUGUAUGUGCUGUAUACUCAAACCAAUAACCCUCACACGCAAGUCUUUAAAGAUUAUCGAAGGGCUGGCAAUGCAGGUCAUGUUUGUGCGACCAUUGCUGUUGGUGAUAGCGGCUGUGAUGUGGACAGAUGGUAGAUAUAACAAUGAAAUAAGUGCCGAUGAGCCGUACGUUUACCUCAAUGUGGUGUCUGCAGUAAGCACUUUAUUGUCAAUGUAUGGUUUAAUCGUGAUAUUUCGGGCGUCUCGAGUGCAUCUAAAACACUACCAUCUCAGACUAAAAUUUGUACCACUCCAGCUGGCCAUCCUCUUCGUCAAUCUGCAGAGAACUAUUUUUAGCUUACUUGCGGACAGGGAUAUACCAGAAUGCAAAGGAACAAGAGGGUCCCGCGUUAGGGGUGAUAGUAUUCACAACGGGCUUCUCGUGGUUGAGAUGUUUCUGUUCUGUCUCUUGGCAAGGAAGGGUUACAGGACAGAGACACCUGACAGCGACGAAAGGAUUGACAAUUGUUCUACUAGUUAUACCAACGAGAUAGGAUCAACUCAAAUAGACAACUACGGUUCAAAUUCUAACCAAACUGUUUAAAGAGGACUGAUAUCAUAAUUUGCUUGCAGCUUAUUCGGUUUUUGUUGGGGUAUUUUAAUGUUUGUCUUUUAUACUACUCUUGAGGUACCUCCCAUUUGACAAAUUUCAC